AUGAUCUCCCUCAGCCGAACCUGUUUUCUGAAUAAGGCGAGCAUCGCUGGCUUGUCUAGCCCCUUUUCAGAUAGGCAGAGAGGAAUUUUCCCUAAAGCUCCUUGCUCGUUGAAAAUCAAGGCAGCGGCGGCAGCAGCAGCUUCCAACCGUGAUCGAAACGGCACCGUAUUAGCAGUCGAGACGGUGACAAAAGAGAUGGCGGAAGCAGAAUCUUUGAUCGACGACUCUCAGCCCACCGUUGCUGGCGGAAUCCGUGAUGCGUACGGUGAGGAUGCCGCCACCGAGGACCAGCCUGUGACUCCUUGGUCCCUCUCAGUUGCUUGCGGCUACUCGUUGUUGAGAGAUCCACGUCACAACAAGGGUCUUGCCUUCACUGAUAAAGAGAGAGAUGCGCACUAUCUGCUUGGUCUUCUCCCACCAUCAGUUCCUUCUCAGGAACUCCAGGUAAAGAAAUUGAUGAAUAUCAUUCGGCAGUAUCAAGUGCCACUACAGAAGUACAUGUAUAUGAUGGAUCUCCAGGAAAGAAACGAGCGCCUGUUCUACAAGCUUCUCAUUGACCAUGUCGAGGAGAUGCUCCCAAUUGUCUACACUCCAACAGUGGGAGAAGCUUGUCAGAAAUAUGGUAGCAUCUUUAGCCGUCCUCAGGGUCUUUACAUCAGCUUGAAAGAGAAGGGUAGGAUCCUCGAGGUUCUGAGGAAUUGGCCUGAGAAGAAUAUUCAAGUUAUUGUUGUCACUGAUGGUCAAAGAAUUUUGGGGCUUGGGGACCUUGGAUGCCAGGGAAUGGGGAUACCAGUUGGAAAGCUCUCCCUAUAUACCGCUCUAGGUGGAGUUCGUCCUUCAGCUUGCUUGCCGAUCACUAUUGACGUGGGUACGAACAAUGAGAAGUUGUUGGACGAUGAGUUCUACAUAGGGCUUAGGCAAAGACGGGCAACUGGACAGGAAUAUGAUGAAUUACUACAUGAAUUCAUGACGGCAGUGAAGCAGAACUAUGGCGAGAGAGUCCUUGUUCAGUUCGAAGACUUUGCCAAUCACAAUGCAUUUGAUCUGCUUGCAAAAUAUGGUACAACACAUCUUGUAUUCAAUGAUGACAUUCAGGGCACAGCAGCUGUGGUCCUUUCUGGGCUCAUGGCAGCACUGAAAUUGCUCGGUGGAACAUUAGCGGAUCACAGAUUCCUAUUUCUUGGGGCUGGAGAGGCUGGCACUGGAAUCGCAGAACUGAUUGCCCUUGAGAUAUCCAAACAGACACAAAUGCCACUAGACGAGGCUCGUAAGAACAUUUGGCUUGUGGAUUCAAAGGGUUUGAUUGUAGAAUCCCGCAAGGAGUCCUUGCAGCACUUCAAGAAACCCUGGGCUCAUGACCACGAGCCUGUUGAAACCCUUCUUGAAGCUGUCAAUGAUAUAAAGCCAACGGUAUUGAUUGGAACGUCAGGAGUAGGAAGAACAUUCACUCAAGAAGUGGUUGAGGCCAUGGCCUCUUUUAAUGAGAAACCUCUGAUUCUUGCACUCUCCAAUCCCACCUCACAGUCCGAGUGCACAGCUGAACAAGCAUAUACAUGGACUAAUGGUCGCGCGAUAUAUGCCAGUGGCAGUCCAUUUCCCCCUGUUGAAUAUGAGGGCCAAACAUAUGUCCCAGGGCAGUCGAACAAUGCGUACAUUUUCCCUGGUUUGGGUCUAGGCUUGAUCAUGUCUGGUACAAUCCGUGUUCAUGAUGAUAUGCUUCUUGCAGCAUCGGAAGCUUUGGCUGCUCAGGUUACUCAAGAAAACCUGGAUAAUGGACAGAUAUACCCACCCUUCACUAACAUUAGGAAGAUCUCGGCUCACAUUGCUGCCAAUGUGGCUGCCAAGGCAUAUGAACUGGGCUUGGCAACGCGCCUUCCACGACCGAAGGAUCUGGUGGCGUAUGCUGAGAGCUGUAUGUACAGCCCAUCUUACAGAAACUACCGGUGA